UGAUUGACAGUUCCGACCGAAGCGAGUGCUUUCUUAGGACUGGUAGCCGUUUGUAUGACCUGUUUGUUCAUAUUUUAUCUAUACUUAACUAAAAARUUUUGCUUCAAUACAAUUGGAGGCUUUCCCUGUUGUGAUAAACCAUUAGACAUUACAAAGGAUAAAGCAUCAAAAGAUUUAGUGAACGCCUUUUCAUAUGAUGACGAACUCGACUCUUCAUCCGAUAGUGAAGACGAACUAUUGCAGAGAUUGAAGAGAUCUACGAGUAAUCAAUUUAAUAGACAAAUCAGUCUCUCUCACAAUAAUCAACUAAAACAAGAAUUAAAAAAUAGACACAAAAGCUAUAAAACAUUAGAUGAAGACAACAAAAGAAUUGAAAACCAAAGCAAACCUUUAAUUGAAAAAGAAGUAAAAUCUGAGACAAAUGUAGAGAGAAGAGUGAGUCACGGAAGGACUUCCAAAGAUUUAAUAUCAUUGGCAGAGAAGGGACGUAUCGGUAAAACUAAUUCAAGUGAAGGAUCGGGUUCGGGAUCGAGUGAAGCCGGGAGUGGUGACAAUGAUUAUGAGUUAAGACGAUCACAAAAUUCAUUUCAAAUCAAUAAAAGUAAAUCAACUAAAAUUGAAACCUCGAGUCCAAUCAAAUACAGGGAUCACUUAAAAUCACAAUUCAAUACAGCAUUUGAAAAGUGCGAAUCAGACGCUCAGUCGUCCAUAUCUCAAGACUUUUCACAAACUGAACAUUCAAUAACAAAAUGCGGUUCUUUGGAAGUAAGCUUUGCCUACGACGCGCCAACAAAGAAGUUGAUUAUCUCUGUCUUUGAGGGCACAGACAUCCCUUCCAAAGACCGCGGAGGAGCCAAUCAAAUAUAUGUACGACUCGUCUUAUUACCACAAAAGCGAUACAAACAUAAAACUAAAAUUAAAUCCAAUGGCAAUCUUGACUUUAAUGAAACGUUUGUCUUCAGUCGCAUUAAUCCCGAAGAUGUCUUGGGAUUAGCCAUCAGAUUUAGGGUUUAUGGGACUGCAUUUGCAAGAAGAGAACAAAUGAUAGGUGAAAGUAUUAUUGCAUUUUCAUCUGCAAAACCCCAACAACAGGAAACCCGAUUGUGGUUAUCACUUGAGCCGCGAUCUAAUCUUGCCUCCGAUUCACGAUCUGAAGUGUCGAGUAUAACCCGAAGUGAUAGCACGGGUUCGGCGCAAUCCAUGCAAAGUACAAGCCUUCCGGAACUGUUGUUAGGACUGGCAUAUAAUGGGACUACGGGUAGACUCAGUGUAUCUGUCAUUAAAGGAAGUCAAUUUAGAAAUAUAACAAUGAGUAGAGCGCCGGACACUUAUGUCAAACUAUCACUGGUUUCGUCCAGUGGUCAGGAAAUUGCAAGAAGUAAAACAAGUGUUAGAAGAGGUCAACCAAAUCCACUGUUCAAAGAGUCGUUUACAUUUCAGAUAGCAUUGUUUCAGUUACCAGAUGUAACACUAAUGAUAUCUGUUUACAACAAAAAAAGUAUGAAUAGAAAGGAUAUGAUCGGUUGGUUUGCAUUGGGAUAUAAUAGCAGUGGUGAUGAAGAGUUGUCCCAUUGGAAUGACAUGAGAGACAGUAAGGGAGAACAGGUGUGUCGAUGGCAUGUACUCAUUGAAUCUUGAAUUGUAUAACUCAUGAGUCAUGUGAUGGUCAGAGCUUU